AUGGCCGGGCGUGGGGCUUCCUGGGGCGUGAUCAGGGCGGCGGCGGUGCUGGCCCUAGCUGUGGCCGUGCUGGGAGGGGUCGUGGCUUCGGCGUCCAGGGCGGAGCAUGUUUCUUCCCGCGCCGAGGAAUUGAAGGCUCUGAUGGCCAUCAAGGCGGCGCUCCAUGACCCGGACGGAAUUCUCGGAGACUGGAUCGUCACUGCCGGUCGUCACCGGUGCCGGUGGACGGGGGUCACAUGUUCCGUCGGCCGUAUCGACUCACUACAACUGCAGAACAUGGGCCUGGCCGGCACACUCUCGCCGGCGAUCGGGAAGCUGCGGCGACUGCGCAAUCUGUUAUUGCACCAUAACUCAAUCUCUGGCCCUAUUCCCGACGCCAUUGGAGGGCUGCCGCUGCUACGACAUCUUUCCCUGUCAAACAAUCAGCUCAACGGCACGAUACCUGACUCGCUGAUCAAUUCUAGCAGCCUCUUCGUCAUGGACCUGUCCUUCAACAACCUGAGCGGCACGGUGGAGGCUUUCAACAUAAGGAAUGUACUCGUUUCCGGAAAUCCGCUGUUACGUUAUCCCGGUUGCGGAGGAAGUUGCGCCGCCUCCACAGUUUUGCAGCAAGAGAUCACUGUCCCCGCACUAGACCCGCCCACUCACUCACAAAGCGUUGCAGCAACCAUCAAAUUGGUGGUGAUCUGCGUAUCAAUUGGCUCUGUGGUAACUGUCGCCUUAUUUGGAGUCUUCGAGGCUACUCAGCAGUGGCGUAGGCGGCGCCUCCGGAUAUUUGCUGAGAUAGAUGACAAAAAGAACUCAGAAGUAAGCCAUGGUCAUCUGAAGAUGUACACGCUCAAGGAUAUCAAACAAGCUACCAACAGCUUCCACCCAAAUAACAUCUUGGGGCAUGGAGGAUUUGGGAUAGUAUACAAGGGUAUUUUGCUUGAUGGCACCAUUGCAGCUGUGAAAAGGUUGAGGGAAUUUGUUUCUGCUGGUGAAGUUCAAUUCCACACAGAAGUUGAAGUCAUGAGCUUGGUUGUUCACCGCAACCUCAUUAAUCUAAUUGGGUUCUGCUCUGAAGAUAAUGAGAGGAUCCUUGUAUACCCUUACAUGCUAAAUGGAACUGUUGCUUCCAAAUUACAAGCAUAUGUGAGCGGAAGACCUGCGUUAGACUGGGCAGGGAGAAAGAAGAUUGCGCUUGGCGCGGCGCGAGGGCUCGCCUAUUUGCAUGAGCGGUGUGAUCCAAGAAUAAUCCAUCGCGACAUAAAAGCGUCCAAUAUUCUUCUUGAUGAACAUUUUCAAGCGAUAGUCUCCGAUUUUGGGCUGGCAAAGCUCUUGGGUCAAGGGCAGUCCCAUGUUUUCACAGCAAUCCGUGGGACAUUUGGGCGUAUCGCUCCUGAGUAUCUGUUGACAGGUGAAUCAUCGGAUAAGACCGAUGUUUUCGCGUAUGGACUCUUGUUGAUCGAGCUAAUGACUGGUCGAAAAAGGUUGGACGUUAAUCCGGAUGAGUUUGAGAAGGGAGGAGUGGUUGAUUGGGCAAGGCAGCUCCUUAACGAUGGCCUGCUGAGCUCGUUCGUGGACGAGAGGCUGAAGUACAACUACAACUACGCCGAGGCGGAGGAGAUGGUCCAGCUAGCCUUGCUCUGCACAAUGUACAGGGCAGCCCACCGCCCAAGGAUGUCUGAAGUCGUCAGGAUGCUGGAGGGAGAUGGGUCGGUCGCGGGGAGAUGGGAGAGAUUGAAGGAUGUCAAGGCACCGGAGCACGGAAUGGAAACCCCCAAGAUUGUGCUGUCUCCUGCGCAUUACAGUGAAGAGGAGCAUAACUCCGUGGAGCUGGAGGCAGUUCAGCUCUCUGGGCCAAGGUGA